AUGACUACCACCGUAAUUAAAACACAAGAACGUACUCGUAAAAGAUUGAAAACUAACACCUCAGAAAUAAUCUUUAAAGAACUGUAUCAAGAAAAAACUACCAAUGACGAACAAGAAGAUAUCGCUAAUGAACCACCAGCAGAAAUUUCCUUUGACAAAAAACAUCAGUCAAUCCUACUGAUCACUCAUUUUAAAGAUCCAUUAAAAGUGCAAAGUAGGUAUCCAAUUCCUGAGUUGCAACCAUUUGAAAUCCUAGUUAAUAACAAGGCAAUAGGACUAAAUCCAAUCGAUUGGAAAGGUAAAAAAUAUGGAUUUGGGAUCUAUCAUUUCCCUUGGAUCAAUGGUCGUGAAUCAAGUGGUGAUGUGGUGAAAUUAGGUGAUCAAGUUGAUAAAUUCUCUAUUGGUGAUAAAGUAAUUGUUAGUUCCACUAGCUAUCGUGAUAAUAGAACUUCAACUUUCCAACAAUACACUGCAAUUGAUUCAAGAUUAGUUUGGAAACUCCCUGAUAGUUUCAGUUACGAAGAUGGUGCUACAAUUGGAGUUGGAUUAGUUACUGCUGGGAUUAUUUUAUAUAAUUCAUUUGAAUUUGAAUUAAGUGCAACUCCAACUAAACAAACCACUACUAACAAUAAGACAAUUUUGAUCUGGGGUGGGGCUACUGUUGUUGGACUUUAUGUGGCCCAGUUAGCCAAAAUAUAUGGAUUGAAUGUCAUUGCUGUAGCUAGUACUAAACACGAAACAUAUUUGAAACAAUUAGGUGUUGACCAUUUGAUUGAUCGUCAUUUAUCUGAAAAGGAGAUUAUUGACAAAAUAAAUAGUAUUGAUGGUAUUGAAUCAAUUGAAUAUGGAGUUGAUUGUGUUGGUAAAGAAACUUCUAAAAUAGUAUUGGAAAUUCUUGAUUUGAAAUCACAGCAAUCACAAUCCGAAACCAAUGAUGAACAAAUUGUCAAACCAAAAUUCUCUGGAAUUGUUGGCGUACCUAAAGAAUACCCGGAAAGUGUUGAUAUUAGAAACGUUGUUAUCAAACGAUUCCAUGAAGAUGUAUCAUUUGGUGAAAAAUUCAUUGAGGUCACUAGUGAAUUAUUAAAUAACAAAGUCAUUGAACCGGUCAGAUUUAAACAGUAUAAAGGUGGUCUUCACAUCAUUGACGACGCUCUAAAAGAUUUGGAGAAAAUUGGUGCAAAUGGCGAAAAGUACGUUGUUAGUGUAUAA